CCCAUUUUCUAACACACUGGAUAAGCCUCUCUAUCCUCCUCUCCCUUUCCCCUUCUUCAAUUUCCAAUUUCGAAAACCUCAGAUUUCCACUAUGAUUUAACACCCAAUUCCAAAAAUCCAACCUUUCCCAAAAAAUUUCCCCCUUUUUCUGUACAUUUAUACAGAGUCAACAAUACCCGUACUGAUAGAUUCAAAACCCAAUGGCGGCCGUCAGUUCCCUGUCUUUCCCGGCAAUCGGCCAAACUUCCGGCGACAGAAAACUUAAUGUCCCAUCGGCUCGUUACUUGGCUUCCAAUUUCGAAGGAUUCCGUUUCCGUACAAGCCUUUUAUAUCAGUCCGUUGGACUUCGAGCUUCCACUACUGCUUCUCCUUCCGUUUUUUACUGCAUGUCUACUGCUACUGAUACCCCGACUGUUUCUGAAACGAAGUCGAGCUUUUUAAAAGCGUAUAAGCGUCCCAUUCCCAGUGUGUACAACACGGUUUUGCAAGAGCUGAUUGUGCAGCAACAUUUGAUGAGGUACAAGAAGACGUAUCGAUACGAUGCCGUUUUCGCCCUUGGUUUCGUUACUGUCUAUGAUCAGUUGAUGGAAGGAUACCCGAGUGAUGAGGAUCGAGAUGCCAUCUUCCAAGCUUAUAUUAACGCCUUAAAAGAGGACCCUCAACAGUAUAGAGCUGAUGCGCAGAAAUUGGAAGAAUGGGCGCGAGCUCAGACUUCUAGUUCGCUAGUCGAGUUUUCAUCUAGAGAUGGAGAGGUUGAAGCGAUACUUAAAGACAUUGCAGAAAGAGCUGGUAGUAAAGGGAGUUUCAGUUAUAGCCGUUUCUUUGCUAUUGGGUUGUUUCGUCUUCUUGAGCUUGCCAAUGCAACUGAACCUACGGUGUUGGAAAAGCUCUGUGCAGCCUUAAAUAUCGACAAACGAAGUGUGGAUCGUGAUCUUGAUGUGUAUAGGAAUUUGCUUUCCAAGCUGGUUCAAGCUAAAGAGUUGCUCAAGGAGUAUGUCGAUAGGGAGAAGAAGAAAAGAGAAGAAAGAUCGGAAUCACCCAAAGCCAAUGAAGCCGUUAAGAAAUGUUUGGGCGAAUACCAAUACCUAAGCCAGUAAUUCAAUCCGUCUACUCUCGAUGUGCUUAUCAUAUUUUGUGAUACUUCGAUCCCGUUUUUGUUGUCUGAGGUAGAAACAGUGACAUCCAUGGCACAAUUUGUGAGCUUGUGUAAUGUUUCCUAAUUUGGUGGUUAAGAUACACAUCCUAUAUUUGUAUUUUUUACGAUACAGUCUUUACUCUUCCAAAAUGUAUCUUUCCUUUAUAGUCCAA